AAACUUGUACCUGUCUAGCGUUUGAAAUAACGAUAUCUGCUCUAAUCUAAUCUAAUUUUGAAGAAUCGCAGAUAAACGACCGUGUUGAGGCACGAAAUCAAGUUUGAAAGUCAGGAUUAAUUCUUGUUUUUUUUUUCUUUUUUCUUUUUUUUUCUUCGAAAAACCUAUAUGGCUCACCGCCGUUAGACGUGGCGCCAUAACAAAAUGUAAAUCUAGCCGUUUCGUGGCGCGCGCGCGCGGCCGAACUCGCCAACCGUGUCAAUAUGUAAUUCCUCCGGUUAUGAAACGAAAAUUUACGAGCACAAGGCCGCCCUGUGCCAUUAUCAUAAGCGAAGAAAUUAACGUAAUCGCAGUCACGACGGCCCUUUCAAUUCCCUCAAUAGCAACGACGACAGCGGCGGCGGCGGCGGCGGCAGUGGCCGAUAUAUAAAACGUGUAAUUCAAGAUUUCCCAUGGAUCGGUUCGUGCCCGCGAUCGGAUCUGAAUUGCGUCAAUACGCGCGCGUUGCAUAAUGAUCCGUAAUAUGGCAUAACUCGGCGUAUAUCGCGCGCGCACACGCCCGCCCGUCGCGCUCGCGGUCGCGAUAUUUCUAUUUCGCGGCACUAUCGACGGCAAUAUCGCGAUAUUAUCGACGUAAUGUGUGGCUCUUGGCCAACGAUCUAGCGAUUUAUCAAGCUGGAAUCAUUACACGGGCGUUUCGUUGGAUAUAAAUAUUCACGUUGCACGCGUGCAAUUCACGGUGCAAUUCUCCUCCGGACGCGAACAAUAAACAAAGCACUGCUUCCCUCCCCCCAUCUCCCCUUAUGUCUGUUUCCACCAAGUGGAUUAAUUUUUAUCUCAGUUUGACUAACUCUUUGUCCUUUUCUAAGAACUCUUAGAAAUAGUAAAGAUAACGAGGGGACUAAAUAAAUUAAAAUUAAAGGGGCGUUGUCGUUUUUAGAGCUAAAAAAUAAUGGAAAUUAGAGUGAUUAGAAAAAUACGAUUCCAAUAAAAACUAGACACUCAAUUAAUAGGUAAACAAAAAAAAUUAUUAAUUUGCAUUGCCCGGUUAGAACCAUGAUUAUAAAAACGAGCCAUUUUUUGGAUAAUAUUAAAGUAUAUGAAGAUUACACUUGAAAAAUUGUCACAAAAAUUGAACAUUUUUUUAUGAAUAAAGUUAUUACAUUUUAAUUUCGCAAUGAUAACCGAACGUUUAAUUAAUUUGUAAAUUAAUAAUUUUAUUCACUUUUUUCAGAUCCAUUGAGCGUUUAAAUUUUGUCAAACACGUAUUUUUAUAAUUUUACAAUUUUUAUUUGCAAAAAUGUCUAAUUAUAGAUUCGUAUUAUUAUUAACAAAGUAGAAAGUUUAAAAUGAAUCAUUUGCAUACUUUCCUCUAAAAAUUCACAUAAAAAUAGCUUUUUUCCUAGUCCUUGAAAUUAAUGGAAACGCAUUAGACGAUUUUUAACUCGCCUCAGAUUUCAGAAGCUUUUCACGCCAUGCAUUUUACGUGGGCAUUCUGACUCAAUUCCUCGCGAAUCACAUAGCACAUAAAUUACAAGCGGAAUAAUAUCCUGAAUUCCGACACGAAUCGUAUACGAAGUCGCCUAAAGUUCGAGAUGCAAACUCGAAAUUUAGCGUAGUAGAGGAAACUAAGUUGCCCAUUAGUUUCUGUCAUGACACACGAUACAUAUCCUCUGUAAAUAUAACGCGUCGAAAGGUGAGGAUGCCAAACACAUGUAAGAAACGCUGCGGGAAUCGAACGUUCGAAUCACAGUGCGAUCGAGUGUUACCACGCCAGCGUCUCGUCCUCGCCAGCGUCCGUCUAAAUCAUUCCGCUCGAUUCGGUUCACGAUAACAUUCAUUUGCAUGUCACAGAACCUUGCUAUUCGUGAAACAAAAGAUCUGAUAUAUUACGGAUAAAUUGUGCCGCACGUUGGGAUCGAUAAAUCAGAGAUUCUUCCUCACGAGAAUAUUGUUUCAAGACACUUGUCACACAUUGUAUGAAGGAUUAAAAAUUAUUUGAAAAUAAAAAAUGGAACAAACAAACGACAAGACAAGAUCGCAAUAUCGUCAGAAAGCUAGAACCGAGAGUUCGUCGAGUUCCUCGUUGUCCUGGUCUGAUUCAUCAAUCGACUCGUCUUUUUAUCUCAAAUCUUGUCACUGCGAAGAGGAGGCCUGCUCGAAUUGUAACUACAAAAUAUGUACAAGUAUACUUAAGCGAAGGAGAAACAAGAAAGUUCACGUGAGAAAAAAGAGACAUCGGAAGCAAUUCAUCUUUUCAUCUUCUUCAUGUAAAAAGAAUGAGCAAUCGCUUAAAAUCGUGAAGAAAUUCAAAAACGAAGUUUCAAACAACUACUGUCCAUAUUCCUCAGACAAUUGCGACUGCAGUUCGGGCUGCACGGAUUGCGACUACGCGCUCCAUACGUAUACAAUUAAGAACAAGAGCAAGUUGAAAAGUAAAAUCAAGAAACCGCGUGUAGGAUCUAAGAGAAAUUGGAAAUGCGCAAAAUUAUUUAGAGCUUCAAAAGUUUUGAAAAAGAAGAAAAAGGCGGAAUCUCUUAAAAGAAAACCAUCAGAGAGUUGCUAUGCCGAGUCUUCUAGCAGUUACAAUUCCAAGUCGGGCGAUAUAAAAUAUGAUUCCGAACAACGUACAAUUAAGAAGCGAACGCUAAAAAUCAAAGCAAAGACAUCGGUAAGAAAUUCAAAAAAUUUAAAAACAUGGAAAAUUGUAAGAACUUGGAAAUUACUCGAUAGUAAGAAAGUUUCAAACAAAGCAACAAAAGUUUUUAAAAUAGACAUCAUGAAAAAUUGGUUCCCUGAUUCAUCUAAUAGCGACGAUUAUUAUUCAACCGAUUGUGGAAAGUACAAUACUACAAAAAGAAAACAAUUGGUAAACAACUUUGAAAGAGCAACAGCGUCAAUGAAUUUGAGUGUUGGAAUGAAUUUGUUGUCAGAAUAAUCACUGAAUAUAACAUAAAAAAGAACUCUGAAGCAAACAGCGAAAAUAUCUUCUAAAAGUACAUUAAAAGAAUAUUAAAAAUUAUCUUAAAUUUGCCAAACUUUUACGGACGAUAAUUGCAGUACAUAAAAUCUUUUCUGUAACAACGGAUAACAACUUUUCAUUCCCUUUAUUUUUAUUGUACGUACAUUCUAUUAUUUAUACGAUGUAAUUUGAAUAAUUCGUUUUGACUGAAUGUUUAUUAUAUUAAUAUUAAUAUUCCGAAAAUGUAUAAACCAAUAUUUUUCAAGUCAACUGACAUAAUUUUUCAGAAACUACUAAAGAGUACUCGACUAAACUUUCGAAAGUUGACAUGAAAAGUUUACCAAUCCAAUCUAUUAUUUUGAAAUUAAUAAUUAACUAUUAUUAACUAUAUUUUUGAACACCAAGCUUAAUAAUUAUUAAAGUAAUCAUUAAUAAUAUGAUCAUAAACAUAUACAAAAUACCUAUGGUAUUUCUUUCCGAUUUUGUUUUCGUAUUUAAGGACAUUUAUCUUGGUACACACGAAGAAAAAAGAGUUGUCAAAAUCGAUGUGUAAUAGCAAAAUUUUUGCUGUCAAAAUUAAAAUUUAGUUACUAUAUAUUGUAUCUUGCUGCUGCAUCUAACUCAAACUAAUCUUUUUUCUCCGUGCAACUACUCUAAAAGCGAUUCUUAUCGCACUAGGGAUGAUUAAUUGCUGUAAUAACAAGCACAGGAAUAUCGCACUACAAUUUAAUUGCAGGAUUUUAUCGAUGACAAAUUAAUUGAUUUCAUAAAUUAUUCACAUUGCCGUAAAUAACAGAUUUCUGGGUGCUCCAUAAGAUAUUGCGAUAAAAUAUAUAUAUAACAAUUAACGACAUAUAAUCACAGGUGAGGAAAAUAUGUUAAAAUACAUCAACAUUAAUGUGCGAUGAGUGUCGCUACGUUUAUUAACGUUUAUAUAAUAUUUUAUAUACAUAUAAAUGUUGCGUUAUGUAUUUUAUUAUAUUAUUAUUUUAACAUAUUUUACCAUAAUUUUUUAAUGUGUGAUAAAUAUUGAUUAAUAGGAAGAUAUACAUAGCUAGUUUGCAAGUUCGAUUUACAUACACAAACAUCGGUAGAAAAAAAAACGUUUUAGCAAAGUGACUUAUUUUUGUUAAUCAAAUUAGUCUUAUUAUAUUUAUUUUUAGAGAACAAUGUGUAAAAAAUAUAUAUUGGCAACAAAGAUAUUUUGCAAGAAAAGUCUUUAUAUUUAGUCUAAAUAUAAACCCUAUUAUUGCAGA